UAAUUUUCGCCCUGCCUAUAGUGUGGAUGAUAUUAAAGUCGCAGUGACCUGCGCGCAAUCCCUAUUGCUUUGGGAGAGUGAGAACACUGUCUCAGACGGAUGUCACUGGAAUAACAGAGAUAGCCUACAUAUUUUGAUUUGCUGCCUUGCAUACAUAUGAGUAUUAUCGGAUUUUAACAUUAGAUAGUUGUGCAACGCAUAUUAAGAAAAACAUGCUUUUUCUUUGUUUUUGUGGAACGAGGGGAUCCGCCAUUCGGAAAUGGCAAUUGCAUCUUCUCCUUUUCUCAGUCUGUUUUUCAAUAUAUGUGGACUGUCAGGUCCGCUAUUCAAUUCCUGAGGAGAUGACGACUGGUUCGUUCGUGGGGAAUAUCGUUCAGGACCUAGGGCUGGAAGUUAAAAGACUGAAAACAGGUCGAGCGCGUAUUUUUACAGAGGAUAACCGUGAGUAUAUCGGUCUCAAUGCGGACAAAGGGAUUCUGGUUGUGAAAGAGAGGAUUGAUAGAGAGGAGCUGUGCGCCCAAGUGACUCCAUGUUCAUUACAUUUCCAGAUAAUCCUUGAAAAUCCCGUUGAACUUCACCGUAUUGACGUAGAGAUAUUAGAUAUUAACGACAAUACUCCAGUAUUUCCAAAUAAAGACAUUCGAAUAGAGAUUAGUGAGGGGUCUCUGUCCGGAGCCCGGUUUCCGCUCGAGAAUGCUAUGGAUCCUGACGUCGGAAUUAAUUCCAUUCAAACAUAUUCUCUCCUACCGAGUGAUCAUUUCACUCUGAAACAACAUUCACACGCAGAGGGCAGUACAUAUGUAGAGAUGGUGCUUGAAACGAUGCUCGACAGGGAAACGAAUGAGCAACACACCUUGGUGUUAACUGCUGUGGACGGUGGUAAUCCACAAAUGUCGGGUACUGUUAAAAUAUAUAUAGAAGUAUUGGAUAUAAAUGAUAAUGCACCUGUUUUCAGUUCUGGGCUUUAUAAAUCGUCUUUAUCCGAAGAUUCUCCAAAAAGAACCGUGAUUUUGAGAGUCAGUGCUACCGAUUCAGAUAUAGGGACACAUGGCCAAGUUAUGUAUUCGUUUUCACAUGCUGGUGGAGCGUCAGAUCUUUUUAGUGUAGAUCCCCUCACAGGGGAAAUUACAGUUACUGGAGAAUUAGAUUUUGAGCGUAAUAAACAGCAUACACUAAGUGUGCAAGCAAUGGAUCGGGGGCGUCUAUCAGACACAAGUAAAGUACUGAUCGACGUUUUGGAUGUCAAUGACAACGACCCUCUAAUUACACUAAUGACCUUUUCUAACCCCAUACCUGAAGACGCGUCUCUAGAGACUGUUAUAGCAAUGGUGAACGUUAAAGAUUUAGACUCCGGUAGAAAUGGACAUAUCAAAUGUUCCAUCAACCAGGAUUUACCUUUCCACAUUAAGUCAUCCUCCUCCAACAUUUACAGUUUAGUCACAGAUCAGAUGUUGGACCGUGAAAUGAUUUCUGAGUACAAUAUUACUAUAACAGCAACGGAUGAGGGGUUUCCUCCACGUUCUACUAACAAGACUCUGACAUUGAGAAUAUCCGAUGUGAAUGAUAAUGCCCCAUUAUUUGAGAGGCACUCAUACACUGCUUAUGUGAUUGAGAACAACUCUCCAGGUGUUUCCAUUUUUUCACUAACAGCCAGUGAUAAGGACACCGGCAACAACGCACGGAUUUCAUAUUUUAUAGAUGAUUCACAUAAAGAUGGACUUUCAGUAUCCCCAUAUAUAUCUGUCAAUUCAGAAAGUGGCGUUAUACAUGCAGUGCGUGCCUUUGAUUAUGAACAAAUCAAAAACUUUAAGAUCUGCAUUAAAGCGCAAGAUGGAGGCUCACCGCCUCUGAGCACCAAUGUGACUUUAAGUGUUUUCAUAACAGAUCAGAACGACAACGCGCCUCAGGUUCUCUACCCAGUACAGACGAGUAGCUCUCUGGUGGCUGAAAUGGUGCCUCGUUCAGCAGAUGUGGGCUAUCUUGUCACUAAAGUGGUGGCUGUUGAUGUGGACUCUGGACAGAACGCCUGGCUCUCAUAUAAACUGCAGAAAGCGACAGACAGGGCGCUGUUUGAUGUAGGCCUACAGAAUGGCGAAAUAAGAACCAUACGCCAGGUCACUGAUAAAGAUGCUGUGAAACAAAGGCUCACUGUUGUAGUGGAGGACAACGGGCAGCCCUCUCGAUCAGCUACAGUCAAUGUGAAUGUGGCGGUGGCGGACAGCUUCCCUGAAGUGCUCUCAGAAUUCACUGACUUUACGCAUGACAAAGAAUACAACGACAACCUGACUUUUUAUUUAAUUUUGGCACUUGCUGUGGUUUCACUACUUUUUAUUUUUUCGAUUAUUGCUAUAAUUUCUGUGAAAAUCUACCGGUGGAAACAGAAUAAACUAUUCUAUAAAUCCUCAGCAAAUCUCCCCGUUAUCCCAUAUUACCCUCCCGUUUACACAGACGGAACCCUGGGAACCCUACAGCGUGUAUACAACUAUGAGGUGUGUGGAACCACUGAAUCUAGGAUGAGUGAUGUGAAGUUUGCGAGGCCUUAUAGCCAGAACACACUGGUGGAUGUGAGUCGCAUGGGGACAAUGCAGCGAGAAGAGAGAGAGCAGGAAGACGCUGAUGUCGGUGGAGAGGUGAGACACCCACCCUCCCCCUAUCAUAUCCUCUAUUCAGAUGUAGCUGUGUGUGUAUCUGAAUGACUGGGUGAUGUUUAUAUUCUGAAUAAAAUCAUGUAUU